AUGACGAUGCCUCCCCCCUCCUUGGUGCCCGAUGGCUCUGCCCGCCAGAAGCCUUCCAACAGCCUGGGAACUGGGAUCAGUGCCCCGGUUGUUAAUAUGCCCAGACUUUACGGCCUUAGACUGGGGGCUUCCUACCCGUCAAUCUUCCAUCUCAACUUGGAGAUCCCCGCCUUUUCCGUGCCGUAUCGUUGGUGGGAAGACGAGGCGACAACUGUGUUAUGGGCAUUCGACAUCCAAGAAAUUCGCCGUGUGAUUCAAUUCGGACUUUUUCGCGACGAAAAUUUCCCGAGGAAUUCUCUGAGCGCUCGGACGGUGUACACCGUUGACAGGUUUUUGGUCGCGCUAGCCAAGCCCCAUGAGUAUCAGCUCCUUGGGAACCUCUCACACAUACAGAGAGUGGAGGAGAUCCUUCGCCGGUCGAGUAUAUCUCCGUUCCAGCCGAUCCCCUGGAUUUGGCUCCCGCCACAAUCAAGCCCUACUCUAGAUGCGCGGGAAAUUGCUGCUGCGAUUGAGGCCGAAAGUCAUUUCCACUUCAAGCAAAUCGCCUUUGAAGAGUUUGUACGUGCUGCUCUCGGAUACAAGGCUAUCUUCGUCGAGUGGUUUUUGCAACAGCAUGCGACUCUUUAUAUCAUUCUCCAGGACCAUCUGAGCGUCUACGUGGAAGACAUUCCGCUAUACAUAGAAGUGGAAAAGCACCUACGGUCGCGGAGUCCAUUCGCACACCGAGCGCUGGUCCAGUGCCUUCUGGCUGUGCGACGUGGCGGGAGUCGUGACAUGUCUAAGCCCAACACCGCUGGGUUUGAAUUUAUCGCAGGCCCUAUUCAGGCCUUGUUCAGGGACCAGCCAGGAAGGCUUACUGCCAUGCUCAAGAUUUUGAGCGUCUUGGCAUUUCGAUUUCGCCGACAGUAUAUUCAUGCUCCUACCAUGGAUUGGAAGACUCCAUUUGAUACCUCUACUUUUUUCCUAGACGAUUAUCUCGAGUCGACCUCUCCAAAAGACUUGGCUCGCAGCAUGAGAGGCCUCGAUGAGCACAAUUUUGCCGAGUUGACCCGACAACGCUCAAUACCAGAGGAUGAUGUCAUGAGACAAUUGGUGGCUCAUUGGCACACACUAAGCAUUUCGAUUUGGGAAUGCUGCACUGCACUUCCGGACCUGAUUCCGUAUCUGCAAGAAUGUGCACAGUCCCUCAUCACAACACGUAAUUAUAAUUCUCUCGCGGCUAUCAUCAAAGGCCUGCACACUUAUACAAUUUGGACAUCAUGCCCUGCCAGCGCAGGCAGCGUUCAAGGAAACGCGAUUACACUCGAGACUCUGAUUCCACGGGAAAUCAUCUCUCUCAUGAGCCCGGCUGAUGACUUUGCCGCCUAUCAUCAGUACUACCAGAAGUUUCCGGGACUUCCCUUCCUAAUCGCUCACACCCGCCAUCACAAAAGAAACGGCGAAUCUGUGCUUCAGCCGGUGUUUCAGUAUCUGCAAAGCACCAAAUGA